GAGCUGCACGUCUCACUGCAGCUGCGUUGGCGAGCGCGGCUUGCCGGGGCCUCACCAUCUGUUCACUUUCUAUUCCCAUUGGCGAACUGCGGUCACUGUCGCCUCGACUAUGAAUCAGCGAGUCAUCUACACAGAGGUCGCUGCAGCACUCGAGUAUUGAUGUUGCAAGAGAUGACCCGCGACGCCGAGAUGAACAACCAGAACACCCAGAAGACGGAAACGAACACGUCGCGGUCCGCCAGGGUUACGGCGACGGUGAAAGUCGAACCGGUGGCCGUCGGAGAAGGACUUAGGCUCAACCCGUACUACUUCAAAACUGUCCCUGGAAUCCUAAAGCUGAUUCAAGUGCUGUUCGGCAUGAUCUGCCUGGGCUGCGCCUCCCCGGCGCUGAUCGGCUACGCCCGGUUCUUCCUGUUCGUGGCGGCGCUCUGCUACAUCGUCACGGUCCUGCUGUGUAUCAUCUACGUGCUGGGCGUCAACACGGCCCUGUCGGCACUGCCCUGGCUGUUGGGCGAGUUGGCGUACACGGUGACGGCUGUCGUCCUCUACAUCAUCGCAUCCGUAACACAGCUGGUGUCGCAGUCAAGCUACUAUGAAACUUGGCCCACUAUGUUCAGUGCUCUGAACGGCCAAUACAUCGCUGCUGGCGUGUUCGGGCUGCUGCAGGCGAUCGUCUACGGCGCCGGAGCGUUCCUGCUGUUCCAGGACUGGAAGGCGACUAGGCCGCCCCCGCCACCCCCGCAGCCACCGCGGCCCACCAACUGAGCUGUGGACGCCUCUAGCCCCUACGGGACGCUUCCUUCCCGUUUUUUUUUAACUAUUUUCUUAUUUGCUCGCCCAGAACCGAGACGAGGUGGGCCACGGCUGCCCACGCACUAACAGAGAAGACACGGCACUCACGGACCGCACACGACACUGCUUGCGGUUCCAAUUACGAGCGCACCGUCUGUCUGUAUAGCCCGCCGUCAUCAAUACGCGAGUAUCGAGUGAGAGAGAGAGAAGAACAUUAUUCUGCGCGUUUUUAUAUAUAUAUAUAUAUAUAUAUAGUUUGCAACUAUAUUCCUUGUAGUCAUCUCGUUUAUUGCGACCAGUCAAGUUCUCACUCACAUUAAGUAUGUGGCGGUUACCCUUAACCGGCGCGUGUACAUCCCAUCCCUUUGUAUCUUCAACGCUGUAUAACGAACUCACUGACACACUGGCGUGCCGUCAUGAGAUUCUCAAAACAGAUUAUUAAAAACUGAGUGCUGUCUGA